AUGAUCUCCACUAUCCUCCCGCUGCUAUCGUCGCAGUUUGCAGAUCAUCCAGUUCGCACUCUGUUCGUUUUGUUGAUACUUAUUCCUAUAUCUUACCUUGUUGGAAACGAAUAUGUGCGAUACUCGCGGCGGAUCAAGGGUUUUACUGGGCCGACGAACUGGCCUUUGGUUGGGAAUAUCCCGGAUAUCAAGUACAACGCGGCGGAGAAGUACCGGGAAUGGAGCAAGACGUUUGGCGCUGUGUAUCAGAUACAGCUUGGGAAUGAGCCGGUGAUCGUGGUGAACAGUGCUGAGGCUGCAAGGAAGAUCUUUGGUGGGAAUAGCCAGGCACUCAGUUCGAGACCUGUUUUCUGGACGUUCCAUAAGGUGCUUUCAAACACUGCUGGUACGACUAUUGGAACUUCGCCCUUCAACGAUUCGCUCAAGCGGAGAAGAAAGGGCGCUGCUGCCGCACUGAACAAGCCUUCGAUUGCGACAUACAUCGACCACCUUGAUCUCGAAACGAAAGAGUUUGUGAAAGAUGGAUUCGAGUCAGGACAGGCCGGUACCGUUGGAGUAAACCCAAUGCCCAUGAUCGAGCGCCUCUCUCUUUCUCUUGCGCUGACUCUCAACUGGGGAACGCGCAUGAGCAGUCGUCACGACCCCAUGUUCCACGAGAUAUGCGAGGUUGAAGCUGCCAUCUCGAAGUUCCGUAGUACGACCGGAAACUUGCAAGACUACAUUCCGCUGCUGAGACUGAACCCGUUCAGCUCAGGCACAAAGUCUGCGAAAGAGCAUCGACGCCGGAGGGAUGUGUAUCUGACCAAGUUGAACCGCGAGUUGGACGAACGGAUGGAGAAGGGCACCCACAAGACAUGCAUCCAGGCGAACAUCAUCCAGGACAAAGAAGCCGCGCUGAACAAGGAGGAGUUGACUUCCAUCAGUCUGACAAUGUUGUCUGGCGGUCUAGACACGAUUACGACCCUUGUGCAGUGGAGUGUCGCGUUGUUGGCUCAGAGACCUGACAUCCAAGAAAAGGCCAUCAGGGAGAUCCGGAAGUUCUACUUGGAGGACGAGCCGCUGGCGGACGCGUAUGACGACCAGAAGUGCGGAUAUAUCGUCGCACUGGUCAGAGAGUGUCUGCGCUACUAUACUGUACUACGUCUGGCGCUGCCUCGUGCGACCAUCAAGGAUGUCAUGUAUGAGGGCAAGCUUAUCCCAGCUGGUAGUACGAUAUAUCUGAACGCAUGGGCGUGCAACAUGGAUCCCGAAGUCUGGAGCGACCCAGACGAGUUCCGCCCAGAGCGCUGGCUCGAGCAGCCGGAUGCACCUUUGCACACAUACGGGCUGGGUUACAGGAUGUGCGCAGGCUCAUUGUUGGCCAAUCGCGAGCUGUAUCUCGUUUUCCUGCGCAUGCUGAACAGCUUUGAGCUUGUAUCGGAGUCGGAGGUGGACGUGCACCCUGUCCGGGGCAGCUCAGACCCUACCAGUCUGGUGACCAUGUGCCGGCCUUACCAGAUUCUCUUCAAGCCGCGGAACGAGAAGGUGCUGCGUGAGGCUCUGAAGGCGGCAGAUGAGCGAUUGGCUGAGCAUGAGAAGGUGUGA